GGGAAACGCCUCUCAUGGGAUGUAAGCCGGGCCCCUUUAAGAGGAGGGCGCCACGCCCGUCGCCCUGUUGAGCGCCCUGACACGCAGGCGCAGUUGACAUAACGCCACUCCUCCCUCCAGUUCGGCGUGUCCUCUAUGGUCGGAAUAGGCAGGAGCUGUGCAGGCAGUGUGAUCAGUGCAGGAAUAAUGCGUGGCGGGUCGAAUUCGUCUGUGAGGGUUGAAUGGAUUGUAGCUGUCUCAUUUGCUGCCGGAGCAGCAGCCGUUGGGUAUCUUGCCUACAAAAAAUUCAUUGCCAAGGACAGAUGCUGUAAUGCAAUGGUCAACCUGCAUAUUCAGAAAGAUAAUCCCAAGGUAGUUCAUGCAUUUGAUAUGGAAGACCUGGGGGAUAAAGCUGUGUACUGCCGCUGCUGGAGGUCUAAGAAGUUCCCAUUAUGUGAUGGGUCUCACACAAAGCACAAUGAUGAAACAGGAGACAACGUGGGACCUCUCAUCAUCAAGAAAAGAGAUGCAUAAAAACCCACUGAUUCGGAGACAACACGAAAACACGAUCUUGUUGCAGCGCUUUAUGCUCACCUGUGAUUGAAGUAAAUGGAAAUCUUAAGUCACUUCACUGAAGUUUUUUUUUAGAUGAGGUACACAGCAAGUUGCAGCAUACAUAAUUUCACAGUGUUUGCCUUGCUUAAACACUACAGAAUGUUGGAAAUGAGUACUUAUGAUUUCCAGAUUUUAUUUGUCUUGUAAAGUGUUCAUUCUCAUUAAGUGUAAAAAAAAAGACCUUUAGAAUGUACUCUGAACUGUGUAUUGAUGCAUUAAAUUAUUUUCAAAUA